GCCAUGAUGGCGUAUCACGUCCUGAUGACCAAGUGCAAGCAGAGCCUGAAGCCUGGAGAAGAACUGCGCUUUCCCCUGGCUCUCGAACCAGAGGACGCUCGGCGCCUGCGCAAGGCGGCGAAGUCCGUGGCUCUGCACAACUUGCUCAACGAAGGUGUGGUCUCCAGUGCGGUGUGUCUCUUGGAACUGUGCGGCCUCGAGACGGAAAAGCUGCGGGUGGAUGUGGAAGCAGCCAAGAGGAUCUACUCCCACGCGGUGCAGAAUAGCGAGAGCGGCAGCCGUUCCGCCGCCAGCGUCAUCCAACUCUUCCAGUCCUUUCCGGACACCGAGGAGGCUGAGGAUGCCUCUGCGGCAGCUGAGGCGGCCAUCACAUCACCGCACCUGCUGAAUGCACUGAGGAUGUUGGAAGAAAGCACCUGGGCCUUAGAUCCCCACCCCUCGGCCCCCGCGGCGUCCAUCCAAGCGCUGGGAUACGACCUGCCCUGGCACCUGGUGGCCUUGUUCUGCCGGGUGCACUCGCUGCCCAGGUCCUUGACCUUGCUACACGAGCUCGCGCGUAACAACGAUUGGGUCAUGUUUCUCUAUGAAAGCGACCUGCAGCAAUGUCCCGCUGAUACGGUGCUGGACAUCGUGGCGGGCUACUUCACCGAGCUGCCCCUGCAGAGCCAUCUGCAGAUCUUGGCCAACUCCAUCGCCAGCAGGGACCUGGGCGAAAGUGGUGCCCGCGAAGGGAAAGGACCCCGGGGAGCCGCCAAGACGGACAGUGCCAUGCCGGCCAAUGCCAUCGGCUUUCUGGAGAGGAAUCGUUCAGGUUCCGCAAAGGUUGGUCGUGGACUGCUGCAGCACGCGCUGCUGCACCGGAAGGCACGGCUGGCAGUGGUGGCCAGCGCCUUUAGCGACGUGAGUUACUUGCAGUGUAUGGCAGUGUGGCUCACAGUGAAUGCAGAGAAGAACCCUGACCAUGGGGAGGCAGAGGAGAGUACAUGCAUUGCGCGCCCGUCGCCGAACCCUGCAGAGGUGGCUGCUCAGAUUGCCAACCUUUGUCGCAAGCGUCAAGCGUUUUCCUUGGUGUUGCGGGCGCUAAAGAUCUUUGAUCCCGAGAAUCCUCUGAUUGACUUCAUCUGCUUCCACCGAGCUUUUGUGCAAUGCCGUUUCAAGAGUUGCCGGGAACAUUUGCGACGCUUCGUGGGACUUCGGAACGAGUCUGGCUCCUACAGCUUAGCCUUCUCGCCCCACGUGGAGCGACUCAGCGAAGAGAUGGUUUGGCGCGAGCUCCCAGCGAUCUUCUGGCGGAUUUGCAAUGCUGUGGAUGCUGUGGGAUGGGGGAAAAAGGCUCAUUCAGCAGCCUGGGUGCCCAGAAGUGCCCAGACUGGACUCGACGUCGACUUCCGCGUUCCCAGUGCCGAACUGCUGCAGCUCUUGAUUUCCAAAAAGAUGUUUGCCGAAGCACGGGCCUGGGCCAAGAAUGGCCUGAAUGGCAUGGAUACCAAGAAUUUGACCGGACAGGACGGAGCGAGAUGGGCCACAACCAGAGGAGCGCAGAACAUUGCGGUGUUUUGCUUUGAGACGGCCGAACUUGCCUUUUCAGACGAAUCAGUGAGGUUUCAAUUGAUGAUCGCGAGUGCGGCUCUCAUUGCCAACUGGCCUCCAGCAGCUCCUGACCAUCUACUUGGACGACAAGCCCUCAAUCAUCAGAUGCAACAGCAGGUGGCUCAAACUGGGACAGCUUCUCAGCUGUUGACAGCUAUGCAGGUGGCGGGCACUUUCUUCGUUGGGAAGCCUGCUCUUCCGUUCGGUACAGGAGGGUUUCCUCGGACGAGGUUGCAGAAAGAUCUUCAGAGGCAAGUGGAUGUGGCUACAGUGAUAGUCAACACUGUCAAUGAUAUCGUGAACACCGCGAAUAUGGCUCAUGUGGCCAAGGUUGGGGCUGCGCCAAUUGUGGCAGCCAAGCCUCCUCCAGGGCCAAAAGUUCGAGGAGUUGAUGGUUCUUUCAUUGCCUUUCCUUUGUUUGGACCUCCAGCAAAAGGAGCCCCUCCUGCUCCUGUUGCGCCUCUUGCUCCGUUGCCGCCUGUUCCGAAAUUGCCUGCGGCUCACAAAGCGAAAGCUCCCGUUGCAGUUCCCAGAGCGCCAGAGUUUCCUGCUCCUUCUGUGGCAUGGCCAAAAGCCGGAGCAGUGCCGCCUGUGCCUUUUGCUGUUCCAGCAAAGGCAGCUCCUUUGCUUCCGGAUCAGGGUGGAGAACCAGAGCCGGCGGAGAUUCCAAAUGAUCUUGUGGGACGAAAGGCAAGCGACAUUUUGCAAAGGGUUAGAGAUAUCAACCUGCCAGACUUGUUCAUUCAGGGUGCUGUUUUGUCAUUUCUGGGUAUGGGAGAUGAAGCUCUUACUGCAAACAAGGUCGUUGCUGCUGCCAUUUGCAAGCCAUUCACAAACAGAGAAUCAUACGACUUGACAAAGGCAUUGCUCAUAGCAACAGAGCCAUACACCAUGUCAAUGCUUCUUGCUGAACGACAGUUGCUCAUGUCGUUUGCGCACGUAGCGCCAGCAGAUCGACAAGCUGUGAUCCCUCUCGUAGCAGGAGGAUUUGGGUUCUCAGCCGAAUUGCGAAUGGCAGACAGUUUGACUCCGUUGUCUCCAAUUGAAAUGACCGAACGUGACAGGCUUGCUUGCCAGCCAGAACCAUCAAUGAUGGGCGCAGAGGUCACGCCUCUAGCACUUGAAGUGCAGAGGCAGUUGGUCAUGCGGUAUGGGUACUCGAUGUCGCCCACGCUCUUGGCCACCAUUCGUUACAACACGAGUGGCCAGAGCGGAUGGCCAGUCAACGUGGUACUUUCUGUGCCCUAUUCUACCUGUGGUCGAGACGACCACGCGAUGGCAGGAACCAAUCGCCUGACCAGCCAAAGCGUUGUACCGCACCCAUGUCUCGGAAUAUUCGGUGAGGAUUCCUUCAAGGUUGCCAGAGAGUUCAAGUAUUCAACAAACGAGACAGCGAGGGCAUUGCUUUUCCGUUGGAGUGUGGAGCAUCGAAUGGGCAGGGAACUGCCUUUGAUGAUGAUUCAGCCUCUUGAGAAUGAGGGAUUUGCUGAGCCUGUUUAUGGACAAGCAAGCGUUGCAUCCAUAUUGACGGCUCCAAGCCAUGGUGAUCUCAUUGAACCAACAUUGUUCAUGACAGAAUUACCUGAUCCUACCCGUGUUGGAUUGAUUCCUCGUCAAUCUCAACCUGAGUUGCAUGGCUCCAAUGCUCUUUUGAAUCAUGAAGAUUUUCUCAUCAAUCUUCCUUGGGGCAGCACAGAUUUGCAGCGUUCACUGGUGCCAUUGUUGCGUGAUGUGGAUGCAAGAGUGUUUGAUGUGCUGGAUGCUUCGAGAGAAGUUUUUGGUGUGUGGUAUGAACAGCCUUGUAGUAUGCCUGUGUCAAAGGUAAGUGCCGAGCUGUCAAAUCUUCGUGUGCGGAAUCGAGGGAUCAUGAUCAACAAGCCAGCAUUUGAAACUUGCAUGACUAUGUGGGAGUCGAAGAAUGAGGUGAUGUCUUUUGAUGACACUUUGCGGGUUGUUGAUGGUGUGGAUUUGGGCGUGUUGGACAUUGUUGAAGUUCUUUCUCAACCUGGUCAUCCAUUGUUUGGUUCCAUGAAUUUGUAUGUUUUCGGCGCUUUGUCAGAUGAGAAGUAUCAUUCAGACAGUUUCCUUAGGGAGCUUUUGUCAAGAGGAUUUGCUGAAGCACGGGAGAAGUUUCAAAAAGGUGAGGUGAUUCGAACUGGCACAAGGCUCUUUGAUUCCGUGGGAGAUGGAGGCUUCAGCCUGCUUCAUGUUCUGAUGUAUGGUGUUCAGAUGACUUCUGAAAUGGUGGAGAGUUGGGCGCGGGACACUUGUUUCUAUGAUCAAGAGUUGGCGCCUUACGUUGAGGUGAGAUUACAUGAUGUUUCUGUGCUCUACACGAGAAUGUUCAGAAGCGAUUUGAUCACCAAUGGAAUGAGUCGAGCUUUGUCGAAGUUGAGUGAGUUGUGGAAAAAGCAUCGUCAAGCUUGGCCUUACAAUCGUCUGGUUUGCCAAAUUCUCUGCAUCCUAUUGAAUCCUUCAGGGGUGGAAAGCUUUGAAGAGAUGGUGGAUUUGGGAGGAGGCAGGAGAGAUGUCAAUUCUGAUCUCGCAGGUUUGAAAGCUUUGCACAGCAUCAAAAGACUUGCGAGGACUUGGCCUUCUGACAUCACUAGAAAGACAUUCACUGGAAAGGUGGAUCACAAAGGCUUAGCAUCAAAGUUGUACGUGCACACUGCUUUAGGGCGGAACAACUUUGGUACAGAUUACAAAGCUGAUUUGGUGGAUUGGGUUGAUGAACCAGUGCCAAGACGAUUGUUGACUCUCGAAGGUGCUCUUGAUCGCCAAUCUUAUGUUGAGAUGGAGAAUGGAGUGCUUCAUGAGUGUUGGAAGAAAGCUUUUUCAAAUCCAGCUUGUACUGGGAGCCCUUCAUGGCAAGAUUUCAAAGCAACACUUCAAAGUGCGAUGGGUCAUGGUUUUGGAAAGACGCCGCUUGGGACAUUUGAGCAGAUGUAUUCUGGAGAUGAUGUGACAUCGACAGAUUUGCGUGCUUGGGUGAGCUUGUAUCGUGGCGGAUAUCUGGAUGAGAGACCCAAAGGCUCUCGAAGAGCUACUAUGGAAGUGUUGGAUUUGGAGGAGAUGCUUGAGACAGCAGACAGAGAAGCUGAUGAGGUGGCAAAACUCUUCAACCUGGAAUAUGUCACUCUCGUGCAUUUGUUUCUGAAAAGAGAAGCUGGGCGCGACAGACAGUUACAGCAGAUUGGAGAUUCAAUGUUUUUACGAACAAUGUUUCUCAUGUCUCCAGUGCUCAAAACUUGGUUUUUAGAUGAUGAAUUCAUCAUUGGUGAGUCUGGAAGCAGAACUUUUGAGGAGGUGGCUGAAAGACUGUUCAAUUUCCAGGACAAGGGCAAUGGUGGUUCAAAUGUUUGCACUGAUCACUCAGGAUUUGAAAAGUCUCAUCAUCGCACAUCGAAUGUGUCAUUUUUCCGUGAGGGAGGGAAUGCAGAGAAAGCGGUGUUUGGGUCUUCAAUGCAUCCUGACAGGGAAGAAACAUGGAGGCAGUGUGAAGAAAGAGUGCAAAAUCAAAUAUUUGUGAUUCAGGAUGAAAUCGACAAAGCUGUGGAUGCUCUGAGAGAGAGAGACGUGGCAGAAGAUUGCUAUCGUAUGGGCUCUUUUAGAGGAAGACCUGCUUUGUUUGUGAUCGUGCAUGAUGGUCUCUGUUCCGCUGCUCCUGAUACUAUGCUUCGCAACUGCUUUCUUCACAAAUCCUAUGCUAAAGCUUCAGAAACAUCGGCCGCUUCAGUUGCUCAAGGUAGCCCCUGUGAGCAUUGA